UAGUUCCAGUAUAGGAAGCCCCCCCCCCCACCCACCCAAGAGCUUAUGUGGGCGUCAUACUAUUCACUAGGGUUGUUGUAGCAGCAGCAUCGUGUGUAUUCUCUGUGUUUUCCAGAGUCUGCUGCUGUCGAGGCAGAGGGGACACCCUGCUUGUCCUGCCUGCGGAGGAGCAGAUAGCUGGCUGGCCCGGUGCUUGAGUGUCUGUCUGCGCCCCGGCUCUCUCUGCUGUGUGCCGAACAGGAUAAGGAGGAGGCCUUCGGAUUCCUGCCGGGAUUGUGGGAGAGGUAGAUCGCUCAGAGAUGAUUCCUCAUGAAGUCUAUGGAGCUCAUUUUGUGAGCUGGAGUGACUCCAUCUUCUCUGGUCUGAGGCCUGGAGCUGUCUACCAGUGAAGACAAGCAGAGUCCAACAGCAUACAGAGAGCCUGGCCCCUGCACCUAACCGCUGAGAAGCACAGACUCAGGAGAACGUAAAAGUACUAACAGGGAACAUUAAAACCACACUGACAUAAUGAAAUCCAACCAAGAGAGGAGUAAUGGAUGCCUGCCUCCUAAGAAGCGUGAGAUCCUGGCUCUGGAGCAGAGGCCAGUGGUAGUGGCCACUGCAACACCCCCAACUGCCGUGGCUACUGAUAGUCCCCAUACAGAGAACCUAGCAUGGCUGGCGAGUGUAGCCAGUGAACGCUGCAAAUCCAGGGACACAGAAAGCCCAAUUUGUCCCAUCUCUUCGGCUUCCUCCUCCUCCCCUUCCACUUCUAUCCCAUCCUCAGCUACCCCUUUGUCUGCGGUGCCCCUGGCCUCUCUACCUGCUGUUUAUCCCACAUCCCUUCCUCAGCAUGCCGGGACUAUCCAGUUUGCUCAGCUGGGACCCAACGUUCAGUUCAUCAGCUCUGGGCCUUAUGCUGGCUACAUCUCCUCUCACAUCAUCACUACCAAUGCAAGUUCUGUACCUAACAGCUCUUCUAUAGUGGGACAGCGUUCCCACCUGGAUGGCUACACCACUGCCCUCAUCUCUCCUAACACCAAAGGGGAGCAGCAAUUUCAAAUAGGACUCCCUCCCACAGAACUGGCUCCUGUGUCACUACCAAGCUCUCCACAAGUCACCAGUCAGUACAUUCAUCUGGACAGCAGAACACCUCUGACUGUCAGCGGAAGCGCCGUCACUUCACCCGCAGCCCACCUCCAGCUCCACCCUCACACAGCCGUCCUCCCUCAAACGCUAACCCUCGCUCCCUCCCAACUGGUUGUUCAGUAUGCAGAUGGUUUGGCUGGAAAGAAACUAGAUGGGCAUGUUAAGGGAGUGCUGAAUGGGGAACUGGAAGUGGUCAAACAGGCUAAAGCUCCCAGUCAUCCAUUGAACCAUCAGCAGGUCCAGAGCUAUGAGGCCAGACAUAUCCUCCUGCCUGCAGACUAUGGCCAGAACCCCUCAGGACUGCAGACCUCCUUGGUGCUGGUGGCCCAGCCCAACCAUGGAGCUGAACAUGAACUUGGUUCAAAUAAGAUCUCCUUAGUUCAGACUGAGAAGGGAGGCAUCUGUUUGGGGAAGCCAGUGUCCAGAUCUUCCUCUUUCACCUCCCUGUCUUCGCCGGAAGUAGUGAAGUCUGUUGCCCCUCAUUCAGUCAUCCAGACCACUCUACCCCAUGAGGAGCUGCCAGCCAGUCUCUAUUCCUCAACACAACCACCCAUCAUUGGCUAUAUCACCAGCGCCAACCAGCAUGCUGUCAGCUACCAUGCAGCACUGCCUCAGCACCUGGUAAUCCCGAGUGGCCAGUCCCUCCUGAUCCCAGUCAGUGGCACCAAUAACAGCACAGAAAUGGAGGUUAGUCGUACUGUCAGCGCCCUGACUGCUACCACUACCCCUCAAAUAUCCACCGCCAUGCCACAUGCCUAUCUAGCCACAGCCCUUUCCAAAUGCGAGGCACUUGGGCCAGAAGUAAAUCAACCACCUCCUGCUGCUGCACAGGCUCCAGCACUGCCUAUCUUGCCCUCAAACCAAGCUCCUGCAGUGGCAGAAACUCCCUCCCCAGCCCCCACUCCUGUCCCCACUCCUGCCCCUGUUUCCAUCCAAGCCUCUCCCUCCAUCUCCUCUUCCUCUUCCCCUGUGGCGCUUCCUCCAUUCUUUAUGCGAGGCUCCAUCAUCCAGCUGGCUGAUGGGGAGCUGAAGCGUGUGGAGGAUCUCAAGACAGAAGACUUCAUCCAGAGUGCUGAAAUUAGCAGUGAGCUGAAGAUUGACUCUAGCACUGUUGAACGGAUUGAUAGUGGACAAACUCCUAAUGCUGUGGUCAUACAGUUUUCUGUGGGAGAGCUCAAAGCCCAGGUGUGUGUGGAGGUGCUGGUGGAGUACCCCUUCUUUGUAUUUGGGCAGGGCUGGUCGUCCUGCUGCCCAGACCGGACCACCCAGCUGUUCGAGCUGUCCUGUGCUAAGCUGUGUGUGGGUGACGUGUGUGUGUCACUGACCCUCCGGGGUCUCAGGAGUGGCUCAGUCACAGACAGCCAGGCUUUGGGUACCAAGCUGAAGACCAGUCACCUCUCUGACUCUUGUCACAACAUGGAUCCCGCUGUAAGGAAUGGUGCAAGGCCAAACACUGCAGGCAGUAACGGUGGCCUCCUUAUGAAGGCUUCCAGUGCAGACAGGCCAGAGAGGGAGCAGAUAUCUGGACAGAGAUCAGGACUGGAGCUACCACCUGGACUGGGACUAAUUCCAGGAUCAGGGGAGGGGAUCUAUGGAGCAGGAUCUGUGCUUGCAGUCUUGGGAACUGGAGAAGUAAGACAGGGUUCAGUGAAAACAGACACACCUGCUCUCUCUAAAAUACAGUGUGGUGAUCCAGACAGAACCACAGUCCGUAAGAGACGCUGGUCAGCUCCAGAGCGGGACCAGACUGACAAAGCUGAGGAGGAGCCUCCUCUGACUCUGCCUAAACCCUCCUUCAUCCCUCAGGAGGUUAAAAUCAGCAUAGAGGGCCACUCUAGUACUGGGAGUGAAAGGUGCUUGAACAAAAGAGUAGACUGUUGAGAGAACUUUAAGGAAUUUUAAUUACCUGUGGUUUGCGUUGUGUUUAUUCCCUCUCUUUUCUCUCUAUCGAGACUACUGUAAUAUAGACAGAGUUUACACAGUAUUUACAUGUUUUCUUUCUUUCACAUAAAUCUGGUAUCUACAAUGAAGUACAGAAGAGCACCUUCAUAAGUGGUAUCACACACGAGAUCAGUGCAAUCAAUGCUGAAAGCAAAAAUGAAUGCAGCGUGAAUGUUGAGCGUGAGUGGCAGUCUGACACCUGAGAGACAUUUGAUUCGUGUGUCACCUAUCAUAAGCUGGAUCUUUUUUUAUUUUGUCAUGUUGCUUAAACCUUCCGGAUUCAGACCAAUCAACCAUUCCUCUUAUCACACGAACAAGCACAGACCCGAUGUCAGCGUAUACAGAGUGGGUCAUCACAUUUUGACUCGCAUCCUGCUUGUUUGACUGUUUUAUUUAGUUUGCAGUGACAUUAUGAGUGAUAGCACAAGUUGGAGUUAAAAAGAGACCUGUGGUUAUUCCCACAACAAUUCUCACUUGCCACUGAUCUUACAUGGCUGUGAUAUUUGCUGCCUUGUGUAUCUGAUGAGGUUUUGAAUUUUUGUCUUUUUAUUACUCUGUGUUUCAUUUCAUACCAUUACAUAUGUGUGUGCUACAGCAGGUGGGCUUGUGCCACUUGUCUGCAUGUGUAUGUGCCUCUGUGUUUAUGUGUUGGUCUGAGUGUUUUUGUCUCUGUGUGGCUGGCAUAUGGAGCACAGGAGUCAGGUGGCUGGAAGCUGUGAGCUCAGCUGUCAAUACAGCCUGCAAAUAUCAAGACUGAAAAGGCCUGAAUGUAAACCACUGAAUUUGUCCUCAAUACUGACUCAUGAAGUUAUUCAUGUGCUGUUUGCUACACCAAUGAUGAGUAUGUGCUAAGAAUUUGAUACCAAGGCUUUUUGUGGGGGACAGGAGUUGUGCAUGGAUUAAUUCCUUUGACUGGUCAGCCUUAUGUUGAUAGAUAAUUUGGAAAAUGUUAUAUAAUUCCUUUUUAAAGACAGCAUGUAUCACUGGGUUAUGUCUGUCUUCAGCCCUGGCUGCUAUGUGCAGCCCUUAAAUUUAUACAAAAAGGGAAAUUCAAGAUAUUUCAAUCUAAUGCCUCUGAAUGAGAUUUUAUUUAAUGUAUGUAUAAACUUAUACUACAAUAUAAACUAUAGCUGGCUAAUUUGGAUAACUGCAUUUUAACUGUGCAACAAACUGCAAAUACACAUUUUUCAUUGAGUAUUACAAACUUUUAAUGUUGAUAUGGCGAACGUGUUGGCAAAGUGUUGCCUUAUUGUAUAUCAGCAGACAUGGAUCAACAUCAGCAUUCAUUUAGAGUCGUUUUUCUGGUGGCCUAAUGAAUGUACGACCCGAGGAAAGAAUCUGCCUCCAGCAUAUUUAAAUGCUCCACUAUGUUCACCAGCUAGUUGCUAACUUUGUCUGUUUACUGCUGGGCAAAACAAAGUGAAACAAAACAAAACCCUGAAGUUGUGUGCAGUAAAACCAAAAUAGUGAACUUAAAGACCCUGAAAUGCAUCAUAGAGCUGAGGGGAACUGAUGGUGAUAAUUUUCUGUGGCUUUGUCACUAUUUACCCUUUUUUUACCUGUUAAACAUAGUCAUCUGACCCACUAAUAAAGUAAAAAUACUGGUUAGAGCAGCUUUAAAUGCAAGCAUACCAUGAGGUAAAAACAAAAACAUGGGGUAAUAUUUACUUAUUGACAGAAAAAUGUCACCUUCCCAACCUAUUGACCACUUUAUUUACAGAAACAAUGGCCUUCGAAAUAUGCAACUACUACACUGCAGCACAUUUUUUGUUUGUUUUUACCAUUAAAACCUCUUUUCCUCAUUGAAGGUAUGUCUUUCUUAAAUCCAACCAGAUUACUGCUAUUUGAUUAAAAUAAUAUAGUCUGUCUGUAUGUUAGGAAAAAAAGUGUAAUUUCUUUCUUAGACUAGAGCCAAAAUAAAUAUUCUACCGUUCAUACUCAGGAACAGUGUGUAUCUGUAUGUGUGUGUG